AUGUAUUCGAGUGAUUUUGAUGAUGAUGAUGACAGUUAUUCUAGGCAGCAUCACCACUACUUUCGUAAGUUGGGCAUGAUGGAGUGGCUGACAAUCAUCUUAUCAUUGAUUGGCAUUAUAGUGGUACUGGUGCUUCUUUGCCGCUGCUGUCAGCGCAGCAAAAAUCAAGGACAAAUAAUUACUCAACCUCCGCCCCCAGCACCGCCAGGGCCGCUUACGACGGCACCUUAUCCACAACAGCAGUUCGUAGCGGCUUAUCCAGUAUCGUCACCGUACCAUCCGUCUACAUACGCGGUACAGAUGCCGCUACCGGGGCACUCCACUGCGACUGUAGUAAUACCUCCCUACCCGCUACAGAACACGUCCGCGCCCGCGCCACAUCACCACGCGCCCACCGCGCCCGACCUCAACGCGCUCCCCCCUUCAUAUGAGCAAGCGACGGGCACGCACUUGAAGCAAUCACCAUACAAUCCUGGUUACUUAGCCUAA